AUGGGCAAUAACCCUUCCAAGGGCCCUGCGGGAGACGGCCCGAGUCCGGUAACUUCGGGCACCACGAGCCUGACGGCAUCGACGAGUGAUAAAAGAGCAGCUCGCGGUCCCUCACCCAGCGGCCCCCCCAGCACCACCAAAGCGCCCGUAGCCGAUGCAUCUGCCUCAAGAGAAACCGCAACUGGUCAAUCGUCCUCCCAAAACCAGGCUUCUGUCCACCGGCACCUGCAGACCCGCAAUGUCGCAGAUUCGCCAACGCGGACUGUAGAUCGGUCUGAUCCCCACGAGUCCAAGAGGGCAGUUUCUCCCUCGAGGAAGCUUCGAUCCCCCGAUCCCUCCCACCCUGUUCAGGUCCCUCUUUCUCGCGCAGCUGCUGCUCGACGCGACCCGUACGAAUCUGCUGUUACCCCGUCGGCCCCGCCUCACAAGAUGUACUAUAGUGCGUCCCAUCAUCUUCAGCGUCCGCCCAGGAUGCCUCUGCCGAUUGGUGAUGCUACAGCUACACCAGGGUCACCCAUUAGCGGGCCUGAUGAUGCGAGCCCCCUCGCUCCUGCGCAUGCACCAAGUGAUAAGACCGCCACGGCCAAUCCCGACAUGACCACGAUCGAAGAUGAAGAAACUGUGGAUGAACUCCAGCCAUAUACUACAAGCGGUGUGGGAAAAGCUGUUCCCACAACCAUCGAAUGGACGUCUGGUGGUAACAAAGUCUACGUAACGGGAACUUUCGUCAACUGGGAGAAGAAGUUUCGGCUUCAUAAAAGUGAAAAUAACCCCGGUGUCUUUUCCACCAAGUUAAAUCUCCGCCCGGGAACGCAUCAUCUCAAGUUUAUUGUUGAUGGUGAGAUGCGCGCCGCGGACAACCUCCCAACUGCUGUCGAUUUUACAAAUCACCUGGUCAACUAUAUCGAACUUAGUGCAGACGACUUAAAUCGACCGAGGAGGGACAGUGACAAAGGGUCAUCGCCGUCGGGUACCAACCCUCCCCAAGUAGCUCUCGAUGAAGUCGCGGAUGGAUCGACCGAAUCCGCCAUCGACGACGAUAAAUCAGAAAAAGAGGAGGAACCGGAGGAAAUCCAAAUUGGCGAUUUCCGUGGCGUCAUCCCGCAGUUCCUCCUGGAUCUUGACAAAGAUGAGGAGAGUGCUCCUUACCAGCAAGCUGUCAGCAUCAUUGGCGAUGGGCCAACACCACCAAGCCUUCCACUUUUCCUUGGGAAAUCUAUCCUAAACGGCACCACACCCAUGAAAGACGACAGCAGUCUUCUCAAUAACCCUAAUCAUACCGUGCUGAACCAUCUCGCCACAAGCAGCAUCAAAAACGGCGUAUUAGCCACAAGUGUGACAACGAGAUAUAAACGGAAGUACGUUACGACAAUUUUGUAUAAGCCAACCGGGGAUAUCGGUGAAUAA